AUGGCAAUGGAGACAUUUCUAUUCACCUCUGAAUCCGUCAAUGAGGGCCACCCUGACAAGCUCUGCGAUCAGAUCUCCGACGCAGUGCUUGAUGCCUGCCUUGAACAGGAUCCUGACAGCAAGGUUGCCUGUGAGACAUGCACUAAGACUAAUAUGGUCAUGGUCUUCGGAGAGAUUACAACCAAAGCCAACAUAGACUAUGAGAAGAUUGUCCGCAAGACUUGCCGUAAGAUAGGAUUUGUCUCUGAAGAUGUGGGUCUUGAUGCUGACAAAUGCAAGGUGUUGGUCAACAUUGAGCAGCAGAGUCCUGAUAUUGCUCAGGGUGUGCAUGGCCACUUCACCAAGAUCCCAGAAGAAGUUGGUGCUGGUGACCAGGGUCACAUGUUUGGUUAUGCCACUGAUGAAACCCCCGAAUACAUGCCACUGAGCCAUGUCCUUGCAACCAAACUCGGAGCUCGCCUUACUGAGGUUAGGAAGAAUGGAACCUGUGGUUGGUUGAGACCAGAUGGUAAGACACAAGUGACAGUAGAGUACUACAAUGAGAAUGGUGCCAUGGUUCCAGUUCGUGUCCACACGGUACUCAUUUCCACCCAGCAUGAUGAAAUAGUUACUAAUGAACAAAUUGCUGCGGAUCUUAAGGAGCAUGUUAUCAAGCCUGUCAUUCCUGAGAAGUACUUGGAUGGCAAGACCAUCUUCCACCUUAACCCUUCUGGUAGAUUUGUCAUUGGUGGGCCUCAUGGUGAUGCUGGUCUCACUGGGAGAAAGAUUAUCAUUGAUACUUAUGGUGGCUGGGGUGCACAUGGAGGUGGUGCUUUCUCAGGAAAGGACCCUACUAAGGUUGAUAGAAGUGGUGCCUAUGUUGCAAGACAAGCAGCAAAGAGUAUUGUAGCAAGUGGACUUGCACGCAGGUGCAUUGUUCAGGUCUCCUAUGCAAUUGGUGUUCCUGAUCCAUUGUCAGUCUUUAUUGACACUUAUGGAACUGGAAGGAUUCCUGACAAGGAGAUUCUUCAACUUGUGAAGGAGAAUUUUGACUUCAGGCCUGGAAUGAUCACCAUUAACUUGGGUCUCAAGAGGGGUGGCCAUAGAUUCCUCAAGACAGCUGCCUAUGGACACUUUGGAAGGGAGGACCCUGACUUCACUUGGGAAGUUGUGAAGCCAAUCAAGUGGGAGAAUCCUCAAGCUUAA